AUGAGCAAAUUGGUUUUAAUAGUUUGUGCAAUUGCAAUCACUAUUGUUACUUUACCUUUGAAUAUACAAACAGUGCAUGGUUUAACGAUUUGUGAAAUAGCAACAAAUGAAGUAAAACCAUGUUUGCAGUACCUUUGGGCUCCUCCUCAGGCUAGGCCACCACCAGAUUGUUGCAGUGGCUUAGAUAAAGUGAACCGAAGUGCUAAAACGUUUGAAGAACGUCGAGAUAUUUGCAUGUGUCUCUCAAUUGAAGCAGCAAUAACUGGAGCCGAUCAAUACAAGUUUACCAAUUUGCCAAAGUUUUGUGGUAUUAAGUUGUUUGCACCCAUUGGUCCAAAGUUUGAUUGUAACAGCAUUAAAGUUUAAGGUGGAUAAGAAGUUGGAAUCAAAAUGAAGAUAUAGUAAAACCUC